AUUGCUUUGAACUGACAGUUAAUAUAACUCUCUAAAGUGCAAACACUGAAAUGAAGUUCGUGGAUCUUAAACUUGUUUCUUUACAUUUUUACUGAAGAUAAACACCAAAAUGUAGUUGGAUUGUACAAGGAUAUUUGAUGCAAUAGAAUGGAUAAAAAGCAGGACUUCGUGUGGACUUUAAUCUUUGUUUUUGGAGGCAUAUUACCCGAUUUUAAUAUUGUUGAAGGGGCUACCCAGAAUUUCUGCUUUAGUUCAAAACAGGGGGCGCCACCAACUGUUGUAGAUCUCUCCUGCGAUCCCGGCAAAACCUUAUUCAUCCAAGAAGCUUUCUUUGGUAGAAACAGGUGGGAGGAGUGUUAUUACACCAUCAACGACUGUGGACAGUCGAGUGACGCCCUUGAGGAAGAAUGCUGUAGCAAAAAUCAGUGCACGUUGGAGAUAGAGAAGACCUACAUCCCUGCAUGCGGGUUCAGUAGCUUCCUUAGAGUCAUCUACGAAUGUGUCUCAGCAAAAAACUUCACAUGCGGUACGAGUGCUACAUUACCCUCAGAAGACAACUCAGGCGCUGGAGACAGUAAACCUCCAAGUUCUGGCCAAAACUCAAUCAAUGAUAAAACAUCUGGGAAGGGGGCUGAUGUAACUGAGAACGCAAGCACACCCCUGCCUCUGGAUUGGCAGAUUCCUACUGGACAGACUGCCCCUCCCAGAGUAUAUGAACUCGCAGAGCGCCGACCUGAUGAACAAAGUGGCAAUGGAGACCAAACUGCAGUUAUAAUAGGUGGCAGUGUGGGAGCAUCUGUGUUGUUCUUGCUGUGUGUCGCUCUGGCGGGUUUCUUGCUGUGGAGGAGGCAUCAAGAUAUAAAAGAAGCAAAAGAGAGAAAACAGACAGAAAACGAUGUUCGUGAAAUGAAGGACCUUGGGCCGCGUAAUUCGCCCGAGGGAGGAAGUCACAACAUGAAAGAAAAAAAUUCCACGGCAUUGACUGAAAUAAAAAUAGAAUCAUCUAAACAAAAAGAUCUUGAAAUACAAAGUGAUUUUUCAAAAGGAAUGAGUCCCGAUAGACGCUCUUCAGGCAUAUCAAUAGGGGACGAUACAUCCCCGGACACAACUCGGGAGUCUCCGCCAUUUCCCGAUGAAAAUGGCGGGAGUUUAAAUGGAUAUGUAUCAGACGAUAUCUGUUAUGAUUUAGAUUCAGACGAUCAGACGAACGAAUCUCACAGAAACGAAACAAAAAGGGAUAGUUCUUUUGGUACAUCCGAGUUAAAAGACAGUGAGGCAGACGCGAGGGUAGUUGCGUUUAGUCAGAACACCCGUGAAAUUAAAACUAGUCGAAAACGGAGAGGGUCUCAAACAAGUAUAGCAAGCAAUACAGAAGCGACAGAAACAUAUGCAUGAUCAUGAUAUUUAUAACAGUGACCGUUAGAACUCCAGAUAUAUAACGAUCACCCACCAUUCAAAAAUUCUAAUUCAUGCAAGAAAAGGUUCGGAAGAAUUUUACAUUUUUUUCACCUCCGUCUUAAUCAAAUGUCAUCAGUCAACUUAGAAGUAUCUCGAUAUUUCCAAGCUAUGAAGUUCCCUGGUGUGUCCAUUUCAGCAAUUCAACAGAUGUAAAAGGACGAGAACUCAUAACUCAUAACCUACAUCCUUAACACUCGGCUUGCUUAACCUAACCAUAACCUUCCUCAACCGGGCAUAUUUUUAAUGUUAUACAUAGUAUGUAAAGUACAAAGCGUGCAAUAAAUGGUCCUAAUAUCAGUUAGGGUCUCAAAAUUUAGAAAAUGGUGAAUCCUAUGUUGGAUUGACAUUGUGACGAUGAGAAAUGAAAAUUGAAAAAAAGAAUCUUACGCAAGGUGAUGGAAUAAAUGAUAAUUGAGAUUUUGCUACUGGAAAUUGAAAAUUGUUAUAAAUUAGGCGACGCCAUUGAUUCAGUGUACAAUUCCAAUCCAUUUUAUCCUCGCCACACGUGUGUGAUCUGAAAGAAUCCUGGUAUGAUUGUCACGAUUCGAUUAAAAAACAAAGUAUUUUAUUUCCUCAUAAUCAUCGCCAAUAUAUCGGUUACCGCCUAUAAUUAAAUAAAACAUUGAUUGUCUAAACUGUAUGCAAAAAACUGUAACAGUGCUGCUCUGGGGCAGAGAACAGAGAGGUCAACUGGAAAUAAUGAAAUUAAUGAGGGUGGUUAAUUUCAUUGGAUAUAUAAGUCAUGACCAAAAUAAGAAUUCAACCAUAUAAAAUGGCUAUACUAUGUUUUGAUUGGUCGAAAUGUGAUAUAUCAUGCCUAGUUACAUGUGUAAAAAUUUAACAUUUCAUGUUCUAACAGGAGCAUUUAAGGAUUAUUGUAAUCUACAAAGGUUAAUGUAAAUUGUUUUUCAGUAUGGCAUUCGGAAAAUGAUUUAUUUUGAAGAUCGUAAUAAGCCGAAAACCAAGUGAAUAAUUCAAUGAGCUCGAAGAAUGGGAGUUCAAGAUUAUUUAUAGAGUCACAAAGUAUAAUUUUCCAUGUUGGAACUCGAGACUACAUAUUUAAAAACAGAAUCAGACAUAGAGGGUGACAAAAUUGCAAAAAGUGACCCACUUAUGUUUAUCUCAGAUACAUUAUCUAAUAUUAAUCAAACGUGUGUGAAAUAUGUCAAUUCUUCCAAUUUAAAAUAAAAGUGGGUCG